CAGAAUCCCAGUAUCCCACCACAUCAAUCAAUAAGCCUCCAAGACCAAAAGUCCCCUGCAUCUCCCGAGCGUCAGAGUUGAGCCAGAGUUUGCUUGGGGAGAUUAAACUUAUUCCAUCACGAUGGCCUCGCAGGUGAUCGAGGUGAACAGGGAGGGAGCGGAGGUGUACCACGGCGCGGCGUUGUGCGCCGAGAAGGCGGUGGAGCUGCUGGCCGAGACCAACAUGCCGCUGGGCCUGCUGCCCCUGGCGGACAUCGAGGAGGUCGGCUACAACCGCACCACGGGCUUCGUGUGGCUGCGCCAGAAGAAGGCGCUCACGCACACCUUCAAGCAGAUCGGGAGGCUGGUCUCGUAUGCCACCGAGGUGACGGCUUUAGUUGAAGACCGCAAGAUGAAGCGCAUCACGGGGGUUAAGAGCAAGGAGCUCCUCAUCUGGGUCACCGUCUGCGACAUGUACAUCGACAAGAACGACCACUCAAAGAUCACAUUCAAGACGCCCACCGGACUGGGAAGGACCUUCCCCGUCACCGCCUACGGAAAGGACGACGACAACAAGAACGACGUGGCCAAAUAAGUGACCACCGCCGGCAUAAAGAGUAUAUCUUUUUGCGGGCAUACAGAGUUUAACACUACGAUGAAUACUACAUGUACUUAUUUUCUAUAUAUAUGAACUUUUUUAAUAAAGUGAGAUUA